CUAGAACUCCAAUCGAAGCAGUUCGGCGAAUCCUUUGUUGAUCCUUUUUAUCUUCUCUCAUUAUCCAUCAUUCUGUUCUGAGAAAUGGCAAGAACCAAGCAAACUGCCAGAAAAUCUACCGGAGGAAAGGCUCCAAGGAAGCAACUCGCGACGAAGGCUGCUCGUAAGUCCGCUCCCGCGACCGGAGGAGUAAAGAAGCCCCACAGGUUCAGGCCCGGAACAGUGGCUCUUAGGGAAAUCAGGAAGUACCAGAAGAGUACUGAGCUUUUGAUCCGAAAGCUUCCUUUCCAGAGGCUUGUUCGUGAGAUUGCUCAGGAUUUUAAGACGGAUUUGAGGUUCCAGAGUAGUGCUGUGGCGGCCUUGCAGGAGGCGGCUGAGGCUUAUUUGGUUGGUUUGUUUGAGGAUACCAACCUGUGUGCCAUCCACGCUAAGAGGGUUACUAUUAUGCCCAAAGAUAUUCAAUUGGCUCGGAGAAUCAGAGGAGAGAGGGCUUGAUUUUACUCAAUUGCUCUCUUUUGUUUCCUUUGCUACUUGGUUUUAUAUGUUUCUGUCUAGGAUUCAGACUUAUCUAUUAACAUCAAAUGAAGAAUGUAAUGACCGAAGCGAUUGUUCAGUUUAGUUAGUUCUUACUCUCUUUUGUUACCAAACCUGCGUAUCGUACUUAAAUUGGGAUUUUCUUCUCCUUUUCUUUA